AUGCCCAAAUACGUUAUCGUGCCUGUGGCGUCGGUGGGAUGCGGCAAGAGCACCGUUGGUAAGACUCUGGCGUCUGUGUGUGGCUUUGGACAGGUCCAAAACGACGACAUCACCGGCACAAAUCGACGUCCAAAGUUUCUCCAGGCCAUUCUGGAGCAGCUGGAAAGCCACCAGGUGGUCUAUGCCGAUCGAAACAACUCGUCGGUCAAGGAGCGCAAGGAGCUUGUAGACGGGUUGAGGAAGGAGCUGGGCAACGAGGUGGAUAUGGUCGGUCUGCAGUUUGUGCACAAUCAACAGACGAUUCCAGCGCUCAAGAAGAUCACACAGGAGCGGGUGUUUGCCCGUAAAGACCAUCAAACCGUCUCCACCGCAACCCUGGCGCCCCAGAAGAUUUACAUGAUUAUGGGAGGGUUUAUUAAACGACUCGAGCCAUUCACAGACGCGGAAAAGAAGGAAUACAAACUUAUAGUGGACCUGCCGGUGGAGAAGGAUAACACGGCUGACAACGUGCUCAGGCUGUUGGAGAAGAUUAAGGAUAACUCAGCCACCGCUCCCAUGCUUGAAGACCCCAAGUACACUGAUCAGGAGGUCCGAGACACAGUCCAGAACCUCAUUGUCAGUGAAACCAAGUCUGAAGAGGUGCUCCAGAAGGAAAAGGAGGAGAGAGAAAAGAACAGAAAGCGCAAGCCUGCCGAUAAAAGCAAAGGACCCCGGAAGAAACAGCCAAAGUUGACUUUCAACAAGGGUGCCAAGAAGGACUUAGAUAAGAGCUCCGGCGCUUAG